ACAACAAUCGUCGAUUUCUUCCUUCCUGCCCCUCUCCGAUCGGAAUACUGCGUCAUAUCCACAACCCUUACAAACAAUUACUAUUCAUGCCUAUGUCUCUUUCUCGUCUUGGUCUUCGCCAUUGCCGAGUUUGAGCAGCCAGGGUGGUUCCCGCGACCAGAAGAGCUGAGCUCAGCAGUGGUUGGGUUCCUUGGUGUGGGAGCUAUUAUAUUCAUUGUUGUCGCACUGCUCGAGUACGUCGAAACACACACUUGGCCAUGGGAGGACGAUGGAUUCGUAUGGCCAUGGGAGGCACUACUAUGGGGUGGUACUGUGUACAAUGACGAGGAAAUAGACCAGAGUGUGAUGGAACAUCUAGGAUCGUUCGUCGCACAAGUGUCACCGCAGGUAGGAACGAAGAAGGCUAGUAGUUCCGAACAUGAACAGGCGAAUAAUUCUCAUAUGAUCAUCCCUCCGACGCCUUUCCUGUCCAGUGGGCUUAGGCCGACCAAUCUUUCCCCGCCCAUCAGACAUUCCUCUGGACUUUUGGGUGAAUCGCCGACACCU